AAUCAGAUUAGGAAACAGUUAAAACAUAAGGCCAAGAUCAAUUUCAUCGUCGAUAUGCUGCGAGUAAGAGGGCUAUUCUGCAAAGUCGCACUUUGUUUCGGCUCCUGUAGUGAACUCGAUUUCCCUCUGAAUCACGCUCCGAUACGGAUUCGGCGGUAACAAUAGCGGCCAAAUCCUACCCAUAUUUUAUCAGUUGAUCCCGCUCGGUUCAGGGAGGGGAGAGAGAGAGAGAGAGCCAUGGAGUUGUCGAAUUCCGUCGCAUCCACGGCGGCGCAGGCGCGGCUGCUCCGGCCGCCGUCAGGUCGCCGGCCCGGCCCGACGGGAUACGUGGCUUGUAGGAGUUAUGCUGUAAGAAGCAAACUGAUGAAGGCGACGCCUCCAAUCCGUGCCAGCUUUCAGCCGGCAUUUCCUCAUCAGUUGAGCUCUCAAGCUACAAACAAGAAGAAACGUAAUGUUCCUUACUAUCAGAGACAAAAAGCUCCGCAGAUAGAAGCCAAGUCGAUGGAGGAGGUAUAUGACGCUUUGGCCGAACACCUUAUUUCUGUCUUGAAGAAUAUUGAACAUUUUGAUUCAAAAUACAUUGUUGGUCUAGCUGGACCACCUGGUGCAGGCAAGUCCACCGUUGCCUCUGAAGUUGUUCAACGUGUUAAUAUGCUUUGGUCCCAGAAGCACGCAGAAGGUAGUGGUGCAUUGCUUCCUUCCGAGGAAAUUGCUGCAAUGCUUCCAAUGGAUGGCUUCCACCUUUAUCGUUCCCAGCUUGAUGCAAUGGAGGAUCCAAAAGAAGCACAUGCAAGAAGAGGAGCACCAUGGACAUUCAAUCCAUCACUUCUUCUGAAAUAUCUACAGACCCUAAGAGCAGAGGGUUCACUUUAUGCUCCAUCAUUUGAUCAUGGUGUUGGUGACCCAGUUGAGAAUGACAUAUUUGUAAAGCCACAGCACAAAAUAGUGAUCGUUGAAGGGAAUUAUUUAUUACUGGAAGAAGAUGUUUGGAGGGAAAUUAGAGACUUUUUUGAUGAGAAAUGGUUCAUUGACAUUGACAUUGAUGUCUCCAUGGAAAGAGUGCUCAAGAGACAUAUUGCCACAGGAAAAGAGCCAGAUGUAGCAGCAUGGCGGAUCUCGUACAAUGACCGGCCAAAUGCGGAGCUCAUCAUGGAAUCAAGAAAGAAUGCUGAUCUUGUAAUCAGUUCGGUGGACUUUUCAAGCUAGAGCCCAUUUUGUUGAUAGGAAAUAGGAUUUUGGCUCUAAUAAUGUUCAGAUGAAGACACUAAUAAUGGUUGUUUCCAUGGAGUUCCUUGUACAUAUAAUAAGCUAAAUGCUUGUUUCCGUGGUGAUUCUGUGCAUGUACUAAGCUACUCCUCCAUCAAUUUGUUCUUGAUGUACAGUUGAGGGAUUAUUCAAUAAUUUAUUGGCGUUCUUCUAAAAAUACUCUUCAAAUUUGUGUCCAAUAUCUGUUUGUUAUUCUUACAAAAGAAAGUAUGAGCUUUGAUGUUGCAUUGAA